UGUGCCAGCCCUCCAAAUCAUUGGAUUCAGGUGUUUCAAUCACCUCCAUGGUCACAGGUGUAUAAAAUCAGGCACCUAGGCAUGCAGACUGCUUCUACAAACAUUUGUGAAAGAAUGGCUCGCUCUCAGGAGCUCAGUGAAUUCAAGCGUGGUACCGUGAUAGGUUUCCACCUGUGCAACAAGUUCAUCCGUGACAUUUCCUGGCUACUAAAUAUUCCACGGUCAACUGUUAGUGGUAUUAUAACAAAGUGGAAGCAACUGGGAACAACAGCAAUUCAGCCAUGCAAUGCAAAGCGUCAGAUGCAGUGGUGUAAAGCACGCCACCACUGGACUCUAGGGCAGUGCAGAUGUGUUCUCUGGCAAUCUGAUUGACGUGUUGGGUUUGGCAGUUGUCAAGAGAAUGGUACUUGUCUGACUGCAGUUUAG